CCUUCCAUUCCAUUCAGCACCCAACGCCUCAGCGCAACUGGUAAUUUAGACGACAACAAUCUAUGAACAAAUCUACCGGACUCCCAAAUCGUCAUCAUAAUCCAGGACAGCCGAACAAACAUCUCGAUACACGUUGGAUGCACUACGCGACACCAUGAGUUAUUACUUUGCCAUUGUUGGCACUCAGGACAACCCGCUGUUUGAACAUGAGUUCGGCACCUCGAAACAGGGCGGCGAUGGCCAGUCGCGCUUCAGCGAUCAAGUCCGUCAUUUGAACCAGUUCAUCUUGCAUUCAAGUCUUGAUAUCGCUGAGGAAGUGCAAUGGUCACAUGGGCAGAUGUACCUAAAGUGCAUCGACAAAUUCUUCAACAAUUACAUAUCAUGCUUCGUCACGGCCGGCAACGUCAAAUUCCUCCUCCUUCAUCAACCCAUCGUCCCAACUGGCACAUCAUCGCGAUCAUCAACCGCUAUCGGCGCCAAUCCUACCAGCCAGGCCACCGAAGAGGCCAUCAAGAUGUUCUUUACAGAGGUAUAUGAGAACUGGGUUAAGGCGAUCAUGAGUCCUUUCUACCGUGCCAAUAUGGAGGUACGUAGUCCUAUCUUUAGGACACGGGUGGCAGCAGCAGGAAGAAAAUAUCUUUAAGCUUAGACAGAGUUACGUGUUCUUAUGAUACCAAUGUUUUCAGUUCUAAUAGACAGCACGCUGAAAUGUUUAAUUCUAUCCA